AUGAGUCGGCGUAAGGUUCGUGACGAGUUCCUACGUUGCGUUGUGCGCGGGUGCGACGCAACACAACGAGUGAUACACUGGGGUUGCCCGGAGAUCCAUGUAGGAUUUACAUUAAUGAGCGGCUCACUCCCGUCAAUAGGAAAUUGUUUGGAAAGAUACGUGAAGCAGCAAAAAUGGCAAAUUAGCGCUACACAUGGACAAAGAGUGGUCAAAUAUUCGCAAGGUAGGAAGACGGAAAGCCCGUAA